AUGGAAGGAGAAAGAAAGAGGAAGAUGGAGAACGAAGAGGAGAAUGAAGAAGAGAAUAUGGAGAAGUUCUUCACAUUGAUCAGAAGCAUACGAGAAGUGCGGGAACGUAUGACCCGCGGGGUAGGUAAAUCAAACGAAGCAGAACAGAAGGCCACCGAAACCGAAGAGAAGGCGGUUCAGGUUUGGAUGCCGUCGUUCCGACCGGAAGAUUUCAUGGAGGAAGCUCCGUCCAAAGGCCCUGAAACCGACAUAGCAGGUGUUUCUAAGACACACGAUGACAAAGAAGAUGGGGGUGAUGGCUUGGACCUCGAGCUUUCUUUGUAG